UGCAAAGGGCGGGGCGCGCGCUUCGGGAAGAUGGCGCUACGUCUACUGCGGAGGGCGGCGCGCGGAGCGGCGGCGGCGGCGCUGCUGAGGCUGAAAGCGUCUCUAGCAGCUGAUGUCCCCAGACUUGGAUAUAGUUCCUCAUCCAGUCACAAGUACAUCCCCCGGAGGGCAGUGCUUUAUGUACCUGGAAAUGAUGAAAAGAAAAUAAAGAAGAUCCCAUCCCUGAAUGUAGAUUGUGCAGUGCUCGACUGUGAGGAUGGUGUGGCUGCAAACAAAAAGAAUGAAGCUCGACUGAGAAUUGUAAAAACUCUUGAAGACUUUGAUCUGGGCCCUACUGAAAAAUGUGUGAGAGUCAACUCAGUUUCCAGCGGUCUGGCAGAAGAAGAUCUAGAGACCCUUUUGCAAUCCCGGGUCCUUCCUUCCAGCCUGAUGCUACCAAAGGUGGAAAGUCCUGAAGAAAUCCAGUGGUUUGCAGACAAAUUUUCAUUCCAUUUAAAAGGCCGAAAACUUGAACAACCAAUGAAUUUAAUCCCUUUUGUGGAAACUGCAAUGGGUUUGCUCAAUUUUAAGGCAGUGUGUGAAGAAACCCUAAAGAUCGGGCCUCAAGUAGGUCUCUUUCUAGAUGCAGUCGUUUUUGGAGGAGAAGACUUUCGAGCCAGCAUAGGUGCAACAAGUAGUAAAGAAACCCUGGAUAUUCUCUACGCCCGGCAAAAGAUUGUUGUCAUAGCGAAAGCCUUUGGUCUCCAAGCCAUAGAUCUGGUGUACAUUGACUUUCGAGAUGGAGCUGGGCUUCUCAGACAGUCACGAGAAGGAGCUGCGAUGGGCUUCACUGGUAAGCAGGUGAUUCACCCUAACCAAAUUGCCGUGGUCCAGGAGCAGUUUUCUCCUUCCCCUGAAAAAAUUAAGUGGGCUGAAGAACUGAUUGCUGCCUUUAAAGAACAUCAACAAUUAGGAAAGGGCCAUAAUCCACUUGGUGGGCAGAUAACCAAGAGGCCUUUGGUCUUCAUCAUUUACUCCAAUAAGAAAACCAGACGACUGCCUUGUAAAACAGCAUGUGACCCAGGCCCUGAUUUCCACAUAACGCCAACCUACUGGACCUCCUCGGAACUUCCAGCCAAAUUAGGAAAAUUCCUCCUGGUCAUCAGCUCGAGGCUGAAUUAAGUUAUGGAAAGGACAAUCCGGGGGUAUAAACAGUAAAAACGAGAGGACUGGGAAGUGACUUGCAGUACAGGAAUUUAGGCCACACAGGUGUUCAUAUGAGUAAGAGUCAUCAUUCUAAGGCUGAGAAGGUUGGCCACUACUGGUAAAAAUCCUGAUCCUAGUAGGCUUAGAAUCUCUCUCAAUCGAAAGAUAAAUCCCAAAAGUCAUUGCUAAGGAUUCCCCCCAUUUUUCUUUACCUCCAUCCUAUGUAUAACCAUAACUUAUUACCUCAGCCCUCAUCAUGGGAGCCCAGCACUCCCAUCCCAGCAGCCCUGAGUAACAUCAGCAUUGACUGUUGGGAAGUGGUACUUGUGAAAUCCAGAAACAAGCUGCAAUAGAUGCAAAUGGACUGUCAUCAAUGUGCGUUAGGAUUGCCCCAACCACCUCCAGAUAUCAAACGACCCCUGCUCCCCACUCCCACCAGCAUCCUUGCCCACAGGUCAAAGCAAGGUGGAUUAGGAUGAAGGGCUAUCAUUGUAAGCAACAAAAGGAAGUGAUGAAAAGAACACAAAUAACCAGACAUUAACUUUGAGUUCUGAGCAUGCUGCUUUCUGUCCAUUUAAUCUGUCUUUUGCUGAUGCACUUAAAGAAGCUACCUUGUCUUCUUAAUGUGGGGAUCUCUGAUGAAGGCUUGAAGCUCUGAGACCCAAGCAUCAGCCCCAGCUCUGGCUUUCCCUAGUCACAUGACCUUGGAAGAUCACUUCUUUUUUUCCUUCUUUUAUUACUCUGAGCCUCCAUUUCCUCAUCUAGAACAGGGCUUAGGUUACUUGACACAGUCUAUAUAAGUAUGGUAGAAGUUUUUUAAAAAAAUGAGUCUGUAAAAUGGGGCUAUUCCAGGAGAUUUUAGAGAUGUCUUCCCAUCUUAACAUUCAACAGAUCUGUGAUUCUUUUGUUACAGCUCAUGUCCCUGGUAUUUCUUUCUUUUUUUGAGACGGAGUCCCGCUCUGUUGCCCGUGCUGGAGUGCAGUGGUGUGACCUUGGCUAACUGCAACUUCCG